CUUCUCGACCUUUUCUUUUUACAGCACGUUACUCCUUCAACAGCGACAGCAAUAGCACCAUCAACCAUCGCAAACUCCGGAAUGGCAAAUAAAGCGGCAAAACAGCUCGCCCGCGCCAACACCGCGACCCUGAACCGCGCACACAUCACCACCCUAGCCCUACACACGCUCUUCAUCCUCUACCGCCUACUCUACCGCUCCGGCUCCUGGAGCAAGUACGCGGCGCUCUCGCUCCCGUCCCUGGUGGUAGAGAUCUACCUCGAGCGGCUGGGUCGGCCGAAAUACUCCUCCCCCGGAGGGGAUGGGGUGUUGGUCUCCGCUGGGGAGGAUAUGGAGGCUAAGGGCGUUACGGAGUACAUGUGGGAUAUCGUCUACGUGACUUGGGGCGUACUCGGACUUGUUGGCGUGGUGGGGGAGUGGGGGUGGUGGGUUCUGGCUAUUGUUCCCAUCUACGCGGUUUACCUGGCCGUUGGAAUGUACCGUGGCAUGAGCGGGUUGAUGCCUGGCAUGUCGUCGUCGCCCUCUGCCGCCGCCGCCGCACCGGAUGGACCGCGGAGUAAUCGGCAGAAGAAGGCGGAGAAGAAAGGGGGGCAGAAGGCCCGGUAUAAUUAAUCGGGGUGAUUGAUUUGUUUGUUUUGUUGUUUGGUGUUGUUCGGGAGAAAGAAAGAAAAAGAUGACACCCGAUCGAGUCUACCAGUAGCUACCGCCUAUCACUGCGGGUGAUUAUAUCCUGCUACUCGUACCCUAAGUUAGCAAACCAAUGUAUCCAUCCAUCCAUUCACCCGUCCAUUAAACACGUCCGCACCACAAUAGCCCCCUUGAAAAAAAGUACUCCUAGGUCUAGUGAUCCAGACUUUCGCCUAGACACUGCCAUCCCGAGUGACAAUGGGUGACCACGAAAAGCAUCGGGAAUCAUCGAAGCCCACGAUAAAGAUGGUUCCU